CGCAACGAUGACCUCCCGGACAAGACCUAUUGAUAAGUUCGCUAAGGCUACGGCCAAGUGCUCUGUUGAGGCGGCGGCAUAUGGCAAGUGCAUUCUUGCCGACUAUACCUCCGUGCACAAGGACAUGUGUGCCAAAGAGUUCUUGAAGCUGAAGGACUGUUAUUUGGCAGCGUCGAAAAAGAGCUGAGAGCUGGCAAGGGCUGUAUAUAUUGAGCUACGAAUUUAUCAUCAUAUGCUACGCU